AUGGACGAUCGAGGGGUCAGUGCAUGUGUUCUGAGCACUGACGCCGGUGCACGGCCUCUUACAAGCAAGAGAGAGAGGGAGAGGGAGUGCGCUGUCUUGUCUCUUCAGCAGCGCCACUUCGAUCUGGCGUAUCGUGAGGUCAUUGAACGAUGCACCAUGAGCGCCUUACGCCCGGCAACUGUAAGACUGGUCCUCAAUAACGGUCCACCUCUUCCCAUGCCCAUGCAAGUACCGCCAGGCCAUUUGGUACAGCAAAUCGUUGAUGAAGAUGGCGUUCUGACGCAUGUCAUCCUCUCCUCCAUCUCCCCCUAUCCCCAAUUCAAAACGGGAACGCCGGGGCUCGGUAAUGCCCCGCCGAACGGCCCACUUCCCCCCGCCAACCGAUGUCCCGUUUCGGGACUCCCCCGACCUCGGUUUGGCGCCACCGGUGGUGUCAACGUGAUCAUCAGCCCCAAGACGUCUCCUGGCCUUGCCGUGGCCGGCCCCGCUUGGCCCACCACGACGAUGAGGACAGCGGUUGGCGAGGUCGUCGCACCAGCUGAUGCGCCUCCUGCACCCUCAGCAGCCUCGACGGAGAGGCAUGGAAGGGCAAAGCCUGAGAAGCAGACUGUUGUCAAGACGGAGGCGACGGAUGAAGUAAGUCCAAUGGAGACACCACUUUCCGCCUGUUGA